AUGCUGCUGUGGCAGUAUAUUGUGCUGCGGGGUCAAUUGGCUGCGCUUUUAAGCUCGCCCUGCAAUCUCGACAACCUGACUCACCGGGCUACGUUGGCAACGGUACAGCAACGCGAAGACAUGCGGCAAUGCAUCCGAAGACUCGCUGAGAGCAGCAGGGCGCUUCCGCAGCUCACUACGAAGGAGCUCCUCGCGCAGGGGCGGGUGCCGUCCUUUUCGGUGACCUACCGGGACUUCAUGGAGUGGAACAACAUUCAGGUGGCGCGGCAUGGGCGCUUCUUCGAGAAACGUAACGCGGCGUCGCUCUCGCAGCUGCACUCGCUGGGCCGCGCGGAACCGCUGCUGUGCCACGCGCUCGCGCGGUGGAUGCACGUAGACUACAAGCUCAACAGCUACCCUUACUACGAUCUAAACGUGCUGCUGGUGUAUACGGACUGGGACCAGGCCCAGCGCGUGGCCGGCGCGCUGGUGGCGUUUCUGGAGCGCGUGCAGGCGGCCAGCGGGCAGCGCGUGAAUUGCUUCCUCGCCCCGCUGCACGACGCGCCCGCGCCCGCGCGCCGGAGGGCGGCUGUUCCCCCUGGCGUGCGCGUGCUGGACAGCGGGCUGCUGCUGGGUCCGGAGCCGUGCCGCAUGGAGGACCCUGUCUACGUUGUGCUCAUGAAUGACGUCGUGCGGUAUCUGUCGUGCGACCUUGUGCGCAUGGGCAACGGCGGCGACUGGCAGCAGAUGCACCUCGACGUCGAGAAGCGCAGCACCCAGCGCGUGUGGUUCGACACCAUGGACCACUGGUGCCACGCGGCCACCACGCUCCACGUGCCGCAGGGUAUGGAGUUCCGGCCGGGCACCAGGAUGUUCGUUCCCACGCGCCUGACGCAGCUCCUCCACUGCCUGUGCGAAUACAUGCCCGAGCACAGACUCUUCGCGCUGGACAUGCCGCAGCAGCGCCAGUGGUGGUACUGGCUCUACUACAACAACCAGCGCACCGUCACCGACGCGAUUCAGGUCCACCAGCUGCACGACGUGUUUACCAAGUCCGAGGUCGAGACGGUCUUCGCCGCCGACUUCGCCAGCCUGAAGCGCCUGUACGCGCUCGUGUCCGACGGCCUCAAGCUCGCGCACACCGAGCCGGCCGCCGACUUUGCCAGCCACUGGACCGACCUGCGCGAGAGCGAAGAACUUCUCGGCCGCGAUUUAUCCGCAGAGUAUGCUUCUCUGCAGGCCUGCAUGCUUUCUGUGAUGCGCGCGCUGUAG